CUCUCCACUCUUUGAUUUGCUUAAAUUUCAGCUUCUAUGCUCCUUACUAUUUAAAGGUUGACUGCUAAUUUUUUAACUUAUCUCUCUCUCUCUCUCUGUGCAUUGACACGACAAAGGUAUUUAGAGAGAAAGAAGAAACCCAGCAAAUCAAGUGAAAAGUAGCUCAGCCCGGAGACCACUAGGAUUAAUUCUUUUUCCCUCUCCAAAACCCUAGCUUUCUCUCUCCGCGUUUUAUUCUAUCAUGAUGAUAGAUUGAGUUUGUGGGGUGUGUGUGGUAAUUGUGGUUGCCGGAGGAUAUGGAUGGCAAGAGGAAGGCGGAUCCGGAGUUCAUCGCCGAUUCGAGCUGGGAACUUGGGGGUGAGGACGUGGAGAACUUGAAUCAUGGGUAUUUGUUCGGGAGUGAUUAUAAGGAGAGCAGCAUACUCAGCGAGUUUGGAUGGAAUAUUCCCACCGAAUCCAGCGGCGUGUGUGGAUGCGACGGCGGUUUUGUGGAUUUGGACCCGAUCGAGUCUGGUUUGCCGGUAAGCAGCGCCGACGGUUGCGUUUUGGCGGGUACGACUGCUCCCCGGGGCGAUGAUACGAGUAGGAGUUUGGAGCCGAUGGUGGCGGUGGAGGAGAACGCUACUUUUGCUUCGGCUCUGGCGUCGAACCCGUCGAUGUCGUCAAGCUCGUCCGAGGAUCCGGCGGAGAAGUCGACGGCCUCCGGUGGCUCUUCCGCGGCUGCCGCGGCCAAUCCGCCGGCGGACGCAGCAAGCUAUAACAGAACUGCAAAAGUAAACGCAGAAAAGCGCUCCUGCCGUGUCCGUACAGUUUUUGCAGUCUAUAGUGUGGUUAGAAGCAUCAAAUUGUGCACGCAAGUUGGGGGCCGGGAAAUUAGGAGCAAAGCUAAAAAGAAAGGGCAAAAGCGUAUUCGACAGCCACGAUUUGCAUUUGUGACUAAAAGUGAAAUUGAUCAUCUUGAGGACGGUUAUCGGUGGCGAAAAUAUGGCCAGAAAGCUGUUAAAAAUAGUCCUUUUCCAAGGAGCUAUUACCGCUGCACAAACAGUAAAUGCAUGGUCAAAAAGAGAGUCGAAAGAUCCUCUGAGGAUCCCUCAGUUGUGAUCACUACGUACGAAGGACAGCAUAGCCACCACUCAGUUGGAUUUCCCAGAAGUGGACUUGUUUCUCAGGAAGCUGCAUUUGCAAGCCCCAUGGCCCCUUCCAACUCACAGUUCUAUUAUCCAAGGCUUCAGACGUAUCCUCAUGAAAACUCUCUUUCUAUAUCACAGUUGCCACCUAGCAUUCAAGGCAAAGGUGGAGAAUCAGGCCAUAAAGGGCAAGAGGCGAGUUUGCAGCCUUCUGUUGGUGAAGGACUCCUUGGGGAUAUUGUGCCUCCUGGAAUGCGAAAUGGAUAGCAUGAGCAGGUCUUAUCCAAGAAUGAUGAUGGUUACAGUGUUUGUGGCUGAAUUUUGUUUACAGUUUGUAUUCAGGCAGAACAGAAUAUAUUAGAGAUGAUAGAGUAUGGGCUACUGACAACUAUAUAUUCGUGCUCCACAUUGGUGAAAUUUUGUUAUUCACCUUUUCCAAAAUGCAAGUUCUACUUUUGGGGGAAGUGCUAACUUGCUGCCCCCAUUUAAGUGCAAAGUACUAUAUAGAUGUAGACGUGCAAUUGUCGUCCACAAAAGUUUUUUCUGUACAAUAUCAUAAAGCUCAUUAAAAUGACAUACUUUUUCCUAAACUCGUUCCCACCACAGCUUUUAAUUUAUUUAUUGUUUGAGAGGAAGCUUUAUUACAUCUUGUAAUGAGCAUUAUUUGUGGUUAGAUGAAUCAAUAAUUGAUGAUUCGAGAUCAGUACUAGCUAUCUAGCUAUAUAUAAUCUGAUUACAAGAUAUGGUGGUCCUAAUUAUUAAUGUCUACAUUCAGAGACGAAUCAAACUCACUGCGGUGACAAUUAAUAACAUAGAGUAUUACAUAUAAGAUAACAUAUAUAGAAGAAUAGCAUAAUGAUAAAAACUGCUGGCACCUCAUCUAUAUCGAUCAGAUGCCGCAUGCCGGCCUAAGUUUAAAUGUCUUGUCUGAGCCUGUACAUUUGCUGUGUUUGCUUUUCUGCAAUAUCAUUAUCAUCUUGUUCAAAACAUACAACCUAAUCAUUGUUAUGAGUUCUUUUUGUAUCAGCAUACAUAA